AACUCCUCGGAAUCACAGAGGAAUUAUUACCUUUUGGCUUCCCAUAGCGGAAGGAGGAGUCGCGACGCAAGCUCCAAAAUCCAGCGGAGAGCCGAACCCGGAAGACAGAGCAAGAGAUAGAGCAGCGCUCGUCUCCGGCUCCUCUUCUGGAUCUAUAAGAGAUCCCCCGAACCUGAGACGGCUGGCUGCCUCGGCAGCGGCCGGCCCAGAUUCGCGAGGCUCUGAAACCCGACUCGCUUCGGCUUCCGGGAAGAGCGCGAGUCGUGAGCCGAGCUGCUUAAUUGCUGAUGAUGACUUUGACUCAACCUUUAAGACCAACGUGCUGGUGAAUUCCAGCGGCUACUGCACCUAUCUGCCUCCAGGUAUCUUCAUGAGCACCUGUAAUGUGGAUGUCCGCUGGUUUCCUUUCGACAUCCAGAAGUGUGAGUUGAAAUUUGGCUCAUGGACAUUUGACGGCUGGCUGCUGGACCUCCAGAUGAGUGAGGCUGAUAUUUCUGGCUACAUGCCCAAUGGAGAGUGGGACUUAGUGGGUGUGCCUGGCACAAGGAAUGAGGUUUUCUAUGACUGCUGUAAGGAGCCAUACCCAGACGUGACAUUUGUGGUAACCAUCCGCAGACGAACACUCUACUACGCCCUGAACCUUCUCAUUCCCUGCGUCCUGCUCUCCUCCAUGACCCUACUGAUCUUUGUGCUGCCUGCUGACUCUGGAGAGAAGAUCUCACUGGGUAUUACCGUUCUGCUAUCACUAACAGUCUUCAUGUUACUGGUGGCAGAAAUUAUGCCUGCCACUUCUGACUCCAUUCCACUCAUAGGGCAGUACUUUGCUAGCAUAAUGAUCAUCGUUGGGAUGUCAGUCAUAGCAACUGUGGUUGUGCUACAAUAUCAUCAUCAUGAUCCAAAUGGGGGAACCAUGCCUAAAUGGGUCCAGCUGGUUCUUCUCCAGUGGGUGGCCUGGUUUUUGCGUAUGAAGCGCCCUGGUGAGUGUGAAGACCCUGAGCGUCCUCCUUGUGCUCCCCAUCUACGCCGUUGCUCUUCAGGCUCCCAUACUGGCAGCCUUCCCAACACGGUUGAUCACCACCAGCACCACCAUUUGCCUACCACACUACACCCACUCCACCCCCAGAGCCUUUUGCAAGCAGUAGGCCAUGCCAACCAUCUGCCCUCACAGGGUAACAGUGCUAACAACAAUGGCAACCUGCUCUACACUGGCUUCCCAAGCUUGGACGAGGCCUCGCCGCCUCCACUGUUGGUCGACUCGGCACCAAGGAACAGCAUAUCAGGUGGUGUCACUCGACCAGGGUCUUCUAGCCCGCCACCUCACUUGCCUUCACAUUUCAGCAGUCCUCCCCCUCCACCAACGCCAAACCUGGAUGCCCCUGGAUGCCCCAGUACGGUCUCAGGUGGUGCUGGUGGAUGUUCAUGCUCAGCAGCCAGUGGCAGUGGAGGAGACCCACAGCUACAGGCUAUCCUGGAUGAGGUGCGUUACAUUGCUGAACGUUUCAGAGCCCAGGACGAAAGCGACAGUGUGGCUGAGCAGUGGAAGUUUGCAGGGGCUGUCAUUGACCGCCUCUGCCUUGUGGCCUUCAGUGUCUUUAACAUCAUCUGCACCAUCUCCAUCCUCAUGUCAGCACCCAACUUUGUUGAAGCUGUUUCCAAGGACUUCAUUUGAUGAGUCACAAAUGAAUGUACAAUGUAGGAAGAUAUGUAGAUGCAGGAAAGUCUGUCUGUAAACAGGAUAUAUCACAUAUAUCAAAGACCUUUGAGUUGUGGGAAACAUAAAGUGUAUUAAACAAUAUGACUCCAUAACUUUAAAUACUAGACAGACUUAUGGACAAGAAUUGACCUCUUUGUGGAAAUAGUAUCCAGCCAAACAUAAUUCACAAAGAGAGAGGGAGACAAUGGGAACUAAAAUCGUGUUCAAAAGAAUGUAACAUGGUCUUGUCAUCGUAGGACAAUACAAGAUCACUGUGAAGUGUCAAAAUAUAUUUUGAGAAUGUGCAUGUUUGGGUGUGUUGCAAUGAAUGAAAAAAACAGAGCUGGUAAGAAUGAGCAACAAAAGAGAGGGUGGAGGAGAGGCUCAGGAUGUCUAUGGAGAUGUGUAGGUGGUAUUGACUAAAAACAGAAAUUUUCAGAAAUCUUUAAUCGAGAAGAAAAUGAGGAGGGUUUCUUUUCCCUACUUCUUUUUGAUAGCACACAAUGGAGUGGGAAGCCUUUGUACAUUCUGCAGCAAAAUACAAUAAAGCAGUGAAUAGAUGAAUACAGAUGUUAGGAGGGAAUGGUAUGCAGAAUGCUCGUUAAACCUACCAAGAUUGUGGUGGAGGGAGAUAGUAAAUCAUCACUGAGGGAAGAGCAGAUGGGAGGACAAAGGCAAUGAAAGAGGGCAAGAGUCAAAAAAGAAGAAGCAAUGAGAAGAAGGAUGGGUAGAAAAGGGGUUGGUUAUCGAUUGUUAUUAUAUACUGGCACUGAGAAAGAUGUAGGAACAGUGUAGGAAAUCAAAACACUGUUAGGGGAAAAAGUAAGCGAGAGAUAAGUUUCUGGCGUAGCUGGAGGCCCAUUGUGGGAGAGAUGUAAAAUAGAACAUCUCACAUCUUGAAACACAGCACACAGAUGCAACUUCAUUCAAAGAAAACAAAAUAACAGACUAGACUUAGAGUCAAUACAGAGAAGAGAGAUUGAUAGCACUGAGACAAAGAGAUAGAUCACUGGAAUGAUUCCCUCAAGAGACACUGAGAAAUGGCACACAGGCACUAAAGACACUUUUACAAUCUUCAAGAUAUUUUAUUCCCCAUACUCACAGAUGACAGACAUCAACAACAAAAGCACUUGCAGAAUAUUCAAGUCCACCCACCACAACUGAUAGGAAUUGUAACUAGCAAAACUAAUUUAGUGGAAUUUCAAAAAAAUGAAGUGAACGAUAAGCUACAACCACUAACCCCACCCGUUACCCUCUUCUUAACCAUUAGGAACAUUUCAUGCUAUUUGACGUUCUAAAGAAAAAACCGUGAGAACAGCUUGUCAAUUCAGUAACUGCAGAACGACAGUGGCCCUAAUGCCGGACAAAAUGUAAUAUCCAUCAUGCACUGUAGCUGCUGUAUGGCUGAAAGCAGUGAAUUAUAAGCAGCAAGGAUUUUUUCAAAUGCAUUAAUGCAGCAACCAUGAGCAGGAAUCAGGAAGUUUCUUAGCACCAAGCUGAACAUUUUUAAAUAUUUUAAGUUAGGAUAUUUUCUACUAUUUUCUACUGUUUCCUUGCAGUUCCCAUGCAUACACUUUUUAAACUUUAACAUUUACUGGUCAUUAGGGCUGGGCAAUACAUCAAUAUAACAUCGUUUUCGUGAUUAAUGAUUACACGAUACACUUUUCUGAGAUAUGGUUGGUAUGGUCAUGUAUUUUUUUUUGUUUACAUUUUUAUUAAUUACAGAUUAAAUAGUACUGAAUGGAUGGUGUUGAUUUGAUAUAAUUUUUAAAAAUAGUCUUUGUCUUUGUAAGCAUUUAAAAGUACCGUCAAACUCAGUUGAAUUGUUUUUUAUUUAUUUCACUACUGUUUUGCAGACAGUUUGUUAGCUAAAUUUUAUAUUGUGAUAUAUUUUGGUCAUAUUGCCCAGCCCUACUGGUUGUUAUAUUGUACACAAUUUUGUGGCACUUUCAGUGGCACUUAUUCAUCAAAGUUAUAAUGAAAAAAUGAGUGACAAUUUGAGAAUUUUUAACAACAUGAUUUAUAGCUUUUUAUGAUUCAUGUUCAUGAUUAAAUCAUCAUAUCUUUAGAAUAAUAAUAAUAAUAAUAACACAACCCCAAUUCCAAAAAAAGUUGGGACAGUAUGGAAAAUGCUAAUAAAAACAAACUGGAGUGAUUUGUAAAUGUACGUUGACUUGUAUUUAAACAAAAAACGUGUAAAGACAAGGUAUUUGAUGUUUUAUCUAAUCAACUGCGUACUCUUUUUUGAAGCUAAACAUUUAUUUUGAAAUUGAUGCAUACACUACGUUCCAAAAAAGUUGGGACAUUGGUCAUUUAGGACUAAUAGCAAUGUGACAAGUUGAAAUAAGAAGGUCUUGGGAAACAGGUGAGGCAUAGUAUAUAAGGAGCCUCCGAAAAAGGCCUAGUCCCUCAAGGAUGGUCAAUCACUUAUCCUACCACACUAUGCAAAGCAGAAGCCAUACAUCAACACUGUCCAGAAGCGCAGCCGACUUCUCUGGGCUCGGUCUCAUCUGAGAUGGACAGUAGCACUGUGUAAUUGUGUUUUGUGGUCCAAAGGGUCAACAUAACUAACUGGUGUCUUCAGUGUCCAAAUGCUUAAUAAGUGUUAUUAAGAGAAAAAGUGAUGUUACACAGUGGUAAACAGUUGACUGUCCCAACUUUGUUGGAGUAUGUUGAGUGUAUCCAUCCAUCCAUUUUCAGUACUGCUUAUCCUUACUGGGUCGCAAGGAACCCAGAGUCUAUCCCAGGGUUCAUGAGGCACAAGGAGGGGGACACCCUGGGCAGGAUGCCAGUCCAUCGCAGGGCACAAUCUCCCAUACAUUCACACACCCAUUCAUACACUAUGGACACUUUUUGGACAUACCAGUCAUCCUACCGUGCAUGUCUUUGGACUGUGGAGGAAACCGGAGUACCCGGAGGAAACCCCCGAAGCGGAAUUUGCAUAUUGUGCAGAGUUUGCAUGUUCUCUCCAUGCUUUGGGGGUUUCCUCCAGGUAUUCCAAAGACAUAACAAUUUUUGAUCUGUCACACUCCUUGUGUGCUAAUUUGAGGCUUUGUAAAAGAGUUGGCGAUUUAAAGGUUAUAAAGUGUAACACUACAAGAAUAUUACAUUUAGAGAAUGUAAAAUGCCAUAGUAUUAGGAUAUCAGUGAAGGAUCUGAUUCUAAUAGCAAUGAAUUUAUUUCAUUUGGUGAAACAACACUAAACACUAAUCUGACAUGUUUAGUCUUUGUCUUUCUUGAGAUAUUAAGACUUUAUUCUGAGAAUCCCGUAGCGUUCACUUUUAACAGUUGAUUGACAUUCAUUUCAAAGUAUAAUAAGAAAUUGAGCAGUCUG